AUGCCAGAUCACGUGUAUCCCCACACUCCCGUCCCGGACCGCCAAUCCUGCUUUCUCCAUAUCUCAUCAACCAAGUCCAAAAUGGCAUCUCUACGUCAAAACCCAUGGCGAACCUGCCAAUCCCUCGGCCGGCAACAGCUGCGCACGAAUGUCAACACCCGACACCUCUCCACCACCCCCUUUCGCUCCAAUGCUGCCAAGAACCCGCUCCGCCGCGCAUCGCCGGCAGAAGACAUGCAGCAGGCCUCUAACGCACAGCGCAAGAUGAUCCUAUCCGCAGCAGGAAUUGUUACUUGCGCAGCAGGUCUUUAUGGUACAAUCAAGCUCGAUCUCUUCGGACUCGAAGAAAUCGAGAACAAGAAACAAGCCACCAAGAACUCCAGCAAUGCCCUACAAAUGGACGGACCAACAGGCUUCACAAACGGCGGCCCUUCAGUAAUCACUAUUCAAGGCCAAGACGGUCUUGAGCAAGUCCCAACAGGAACAAGCACAAUCCCGCACUUCCCCAGCACCAUCCGCCUCCCCUCAUCCUCCCAAACAGAAGGCAAACAAGCCGGCGACGAGCUCGCCCCAUCCGACGGAGACGAAUACCAACUCCUCGGCCUGGGUAUUCGCACCGUCUCUUUCCUCUCCAUCCAAGUCUACGUUGUCGGCCUCUACGUCGCCAAAAGCGAUAUCACCGAGCUCCAGACUCGUCUAAUCCGCACCGCUAUCCACCCACCCACCGAUUCCGAAGCACCGAUCACCGGCGCCGGCGCCGAGUCCGCGACAUCUCUUGUCCCACCGGAGCGCAAGCAGCUCAAGGAACUGCUUCUGGACGCUGAGCGCGGCGACGCCGCCUGGUCCGCCAUUCUGAAGGAUGAUGGGAUUCGCACGGCCUUCCGAAUCGUCCCGACACGCAACACAGACUUCAUGCAUUUGCGCGAUGGGUGGGUGCGCGGAAUCACAGCAAAGGCGAAGGCGAAGGCUGGCGAGUUUGCAGAUGAGGCAUUCGGAACUUCAAUGAAUGAUUUCAAGGCUGUCUUUGGUUCUGGGAAGGGCAAGUCUGUGCCGAAGGGUCAGACGCUGGUUCUCAUGCGCGACCAGCGGGGUGCGUUGGAUACACUGUUCCAGCCUGGGGCUGAUAAGCCAGUCACUUGGAUGGGACGUGUUGAGGAUGAGAGAGUGAGUCGUCUUGUUUGGUUGAACUACCUGGCUGGAAAGACUGUUUCCAGCGAGGGUGCCAGGACAAGUGUUGUUGAUGGGUUGAUGUCGAUUGUUGAGCGGCCGCUUGGGACCGUUGUGCAAAAGGUCAUCUAA